CGGCCCCGGGCGCCCAGCCUGAGGUGGGUGUGGGGAUGCGGGGCAAGCCAGGGGGCCGCGGGGAAAAGGCGGGCCGGCGUCUGGGGCUGGCGGCGCUUGAGCUCGGAUCCGGGGCCCGGGGCCGCGCACUACCAGCUUGUCUACACUUGCAAGGUCUGUGGGACUCGGUCCUCCAAGCGCAUCUCCAAGUUAGCCUAUCACCAGGGUGUGGUCAUUGUGACCUGCCCUGGCUGCCAGAAUCACCACAUCAUCGCUGACAACCUGGGCUGGUUCUCAGACCUGGAUGGGAAGAGGAAUAUUGAAGAAAUCCUGGCGGCCAGAGGGGAGAAAGUGUGCCGAGUGGCUGGCAAUGGGGCCCUAGAGCUGGUUUUAGACGCUGCAGGGAACCCCAAAUCCACCGCUGCUCCAGAAGGGGGCGAGGACCGGGAUCCCACUCACCCUGGCAAGACGGAGCCCAGCUGACCCUACCUCUGCCUUUAGGAAGAUGCUUCAGCCCUGGGCCCUCCCGGACCUGCCUGUUUUUUGUCAAUAAACAGACCUCACUUGGACA